UACUGCUUCAGUUUGGUGCUUAAACGCGUUGCGCGUACUUCAUAAGGCCGAAAUUAGUUCAGGCUGUUGCAGCUAUCGUUUAGUAUAUAUACUUACAUAUAAGAGAAAAUAUUGACUUAUGUUGUGAUUAUCCUGCCCCAAAUAUAAUUGCACAUUCCAACAUAUUUCGCAACGCAAAGAAAUUCAGUGAAAAAAUUGUGAAAAUUGAACUGCAGGCCAUGGAGCGCAAGGGACUUUAUCAGACUUUAAUUUUGUUCCUAGCUAUAUUUUAUAACUUUCCUGAAACAUCUGCAGUACGCGUUGGCAGCUCUCAACUAAAACAACGAAUAAAAGAAAAUCAACCGGAUCUAACACCAUCGGGGUCCUUUUGGCAGCAACAUGUGGCUACUCCCAGUAGUUCAACUCCAUUCGAUUCACCUUUUUAUUCGGCAACACACGGCCUUGUCCAGACUCACCCCUCAAUAAGUGCGAGCAAUCCCGGCGCCGCUCCUCUAAACAGUAAUAGUCUUGGGACUGGCAUUCCAGCCUCAAGCAUUGCUGGUAGUAAGCCAUCCUUGACCGCUGGUAGCGGGUACCUAAACUCACGCGGAAGUCUGCCAACCUCUGCUCGUUAUCCAGCUAAUAAGGUCACAGGCACCGUGGUUGAACCCAAUCCAAAGUCUCCAUUUCGUCACUUAGACUUCUCAACCAGCGCAACUGCUGAGCUGCGUCGCAAUCCUGCCCUAUCUGCUCCGGAUGAAUGUGCUCGUGCUUGUCGCGAGGGCGAGCCUCCGAGAAUUUGCUAUUAUCACUUUACGUUGGAGUACUACACCGUAUUGGGCGCAGCUUGCCAAGUAUGCACUCCAAACGCAACAAAUACGGUUUGGAGUCAUUGCCAGUGUGUAUUAGCUGAUGGCGUUGAACGUGGAAUUUUGACUGCAAAUCGUAUGAUACCCGGCCCGAGUAUUCAAGUAUGCGAAAACGAUAAAGUUGUCAUUGAUGUGGAGAACCACAUGGAGGGAAUGGAAGUAACUAUUCACUGGCACGGUAUAUGGCAACGUGGUUCGCAGUACUACGAUGGUGUACCCUUCGUUACCCAGUGCCCCAUACAGCAGGGUAAUACCUUCCGUUACCAAUGGACAGGCAACGCCGGGACACACUUCUGGCACGCUCAUACUGGUCUUCAGAAACUAGAUGGACUUUACGGUAGCGUCGUCGUUCGCCAGCCACCAUCAAGGGACCCAAAUUCUCACUUAUAUGAUUUCGAUUUAACAACUCAUAUCAUGCUUAUCAGUGACUGGUUGCACGAAGAUGCUGCAGAGCGGUAUCCCGGACGACUGGCGGUAAACACAGGCCAAGAUCCAGAAUCAAUGCUGAUCAACGGCAAGGGCCAGUUUCGCGACCCAAACACAGGCUUUAUGACUAAUACACCACUAGAAAUAUUCACAAUUACACCAGGACGUCGAUACCGCUUCCGGAUGAUUAAUGCAUUUGCUUCAGUGUGUCCAGCACAAGUAACGAUUGAGGGUCACGGCAUGACGGUUAUAGCAACCGAUGGUGAGCCUGUCCAUCCGGUUGAUGUCAACACAAUUAUUUCAUUUUCAGGUGAGCGCUACGAUUUCGUUAUAACCGCGGAUCAACCUGUUGGUGCAUAUUGGAUACAGCUACGUGGUCUUGGUGAGUGUGGUAUUCGUCGAGCUCAGCAACUGGCUAUUCUGCGGUACGCUCGAGGACCUUAUCAGCCUGCCUCCGUGGCGCCAACAUAUGAUGUGGGAAUUCCACAAGGUGUGGUCAUGAAUCCUUUGGACGCUCAAUGCAACCGUCAACGAAAUGAUGCAAUAUGUGUCAGCCAACUCAAAAACGCUCUUGAGAUUGAUCGUGGAAUAUUGGCAGAGAAGCCAGAUGUGAAGAUUUUCCUACCGUUCCGCUUCUUUGUAUAUCGAGCCGAAGAUUUAUUCCAACCGAACACAUAUAACAGAUUUUUAGUGGCACCCACCGGCGACCAUGUAAUUUCACUUAUUGAUGAAAUUUCGUACCUAUCGGCACCAGCGCCACUGACAUCCCAGUACAAUGAUAUUAACCCAGAACAAUUUUGUAACGGAGACAAUCGUCCUGCGGAUUGUGGACCAAACUGCAUGUGUACUCAUAAAAUUGACAUUCCACUCAAUGCAAUUGUGGAAGUAGUUUUAGUAGAUGAAGUUCAACAGCCCAAUUUGUCGCAUCCCUUCCACUUGCAUGGAUACGGGUUUAGCGUCAUUGGUAUUGGUCGAUCACCGGAUUCUUCCGUGAAGAAAAUUAAUUUAAAGCAUGCAUUGGACCUAGACAGGCGCGGACUUUUACAUCGACAGUAUAAUUUGCCACCGACUAAGGAUACAAUUGCAGUGCCAAACAAUGGAUACGUUGUGUUGCGUUUUAGAGCUGACAAUCCCGGAUUCUGGCUCUUCCACUGUCAUUUUCUAUUCCACAUUGUUAUUGGAAUGAAUUUGAUUUUGCAAGUCGGCACUAACGCUGAUCUGCCACCCGUGCCACCAGGAUUUCCAACGUGUGGCGACCACACUCCACCCAUACCAAUAAACUAAGACUAAACCGUGACGACACACUCCGAAAAGAAGCCACAGGGCAAGGCAUUUAGAAAACGAGCAAACAAAUUUCUUAGGAACUAAAAAAGACCUACAUACUGAUUGUACAGUUUGUAAAAAUCUUAAUCAAUCACAAUAUAUUUACGAAGAUUGUAUAUAUUUAUGUAAAAAUAGCACAAAGCACAAUUUCCCCUUCCAGUAGUGAGCACACUGCCAACCUCCAAUUGUAUAUUGACGGCAAUAUUCUGAGGAGUAUUGACCAUUUCCCUUGACUUUAUCACCCAGGAGCGUACUAUCAAAUGUAUAUAUGUAAUAAUAUGUGUGUAUUUGUAGAAACUACAAAUUCAAUACAUUAAUUUAUUUUAUGAAAAACACGUUAAUUUUUCACUGUAAUAUAAAAACUGACUGCAAACAACCGAUCACUCUUAUUAUAUUUCUGCAAAUUAAUUUGAGUUGGCUAGAUUGUAAACUUUGUAAACAUCGUUUACUUACAGUUUUUUUAUUUACAAUAAUAUUGUGUUCAAAAUAACAGUAGCGGGAUAAUGUAAAAUAUUUUAAAAUCAAUUGAUAUUUUUUACGAUAUAUUUUUGUUUAAAAGUAAAUUUGCAGCACAGUACAAGAAAAUUAAAUUUGGAGAUAAAACAAUUUCAAGAACAAUUAUUACUUAGCAUACAGAAUAUUUUAAACAUUUUUUUUAGGUACCAGAAACAAAAAAAAUUCUACUUAAUUAGAAACAUACUCUUGAUACUGCCAUACGCGCACCACUUAAACAAAAAUUUAAAAUAAAAGGCCUGCUUCAUUAUUUUCAAAGUAUAUUAAAAACACAAAGUAUGAACUGAUCUAAUAUUUUGUACAGAAAAAUAAAACCCUAAAAUAGUUAAUUUAAUAAAUAUUUUCAGCUUCUUAUACGAGCUUCGGUAUUUGCAAAUACAAAUCAAGAUUACGAUCUAAACACAGUGGUUUAUGAAAGCCAAAUUUCAUCUUACUAAAAUUAUACUAUACUUUUUGGAUAAAACAUAAACAUAUUGUUUUGGAUCGAUAAAAAAAAACAACUGAGAAAAGAUUGCGAAAAUCGGAGCGCGCUUUAUUCUUGAGAUUAGAUUUUGAAUUUGUGAAACCUAAAUUUGUGUGAAAUAUAUUUCAGUAUUUUCAGCUACUGGUUAAAUUUGUUGUUCAACUCUCGUUAUACACAUUUGAUUCAAAUGUGGUUGUUUUGUCAUCUAAAUUUGUUUAUAAUUGUUAAAUGUACAUAUGCUUACAUAUAAAAUAAAAAAAGCAAUUAAUUAUUAAUAUACUUUAAAUUGCUUCAAUAAAUAUUCUUAUAUCUAAUGCCAAACUGAACUUAUAACUUCUUGGUCGAUACACCUAGCAGCAGCUGGUAAAAGUCAAUUAACAAAACCUUGGUAUUCAAACUCGAAAUACAUUGUUUUUUCCUAUGUGUAAAUUGUACUCUUUAACUUCUGGUAACAAUAUAUUUUAUAUGUAUGUAUGUCUGUAUGUAUAAUCCUUACAAUAAAUUUUAAAAAAAUAAA